AUGCGGCCUCUGCUCGGUCUAGUCCUUUCCUUGUUAGCCCUGCCUGCCUUUUGCGAUGACACGGUGGCCGACGACAUCGGGGUUCACAUGAUGGCUCGCAUCUCGGAGCUCCUGUCCCCGGAGGAAUGCCAGGCCUUCCACCUCAAACUCCUGGGCCCCGAGGAGAACGUGAAAGACGAGCUGGAGCGCCUCUCCGAGAAAAACAACCCCAUCAGCGGUCGGCGACGACGACGAAGGCGCCGCCGGGACAUCCUCACCACCGCUCAGUGCAGAGAGACCCUGCAGCAGUGGCUGGAGACGGAGGGCGACACCAUGUACUGGGACCGCUUGUCCCGGGCUCUCCAGCUGAUCGGCCGCGCCGACGUCUCGCUAGAACUGGGCAAGAACCUCAACCAGGACAAGAACCUGGAGAUCAAGAAGAACGUGGAGGAGUACCACGAGACGGUGAAGCACCUGACCUCCUCGCUGCUCCUGGACCAGGGCCCCGAAGGCAGCGCGCCAGGACGGCAGCGGCGCCAGGGCUCCGCGCCGCCACCGCCGCCGCCGCUCGACCAAGAGGAGUGGGACCGGCUGGAGCUGAUCGUCGAGCGGAAAGCGUUGCCGCCUUACAACCGGAGCCUCUUUGAAUGGGCCACGCCUCUGGCGACGGGCGUCCUCAGCGGCUUUCUGACCUCCUUCAUCCUGGUGGCUUUGGCGUUCUACUCUUUCGUCUGGAUCCUGAACGAAGGCAACGCCGUCUCCGCGCCGUCUCCCGGCGGCCCUUUGCCAGCCAAGUUCUUACGGCCGCCUCCCGCCAGCCGCGGAGGCAUCUACUACUCGUUUCAGCCCCUCCAAAGCUACUACGGGGAGGCGGGGGAUGAGGCCGAAGAAAGCUUACGUUGA